AUGCUCCUCCUACCUCACACCCCUCACGCUCCGCAGUCUCCCACACUGUCCUGCGCCUCGCCGCUGUCAGUUUCGCCGCUCCACUCCCUCCUGCCCACUCCAACUGGGAGUCCUUUUUCGUCUCCGAGAGGGAGCCCUUACAGCCCCAACACAUCUCCAAUUCCGAUCCGGCCAUGUCAGGGUUAUCUGAGUCGUAGUGCUGGCCAGCUUCCUGCGGCCCCCUUGCCUUUCCCUUCGUUACUGGCUCAGCGACCACCAAGCCCCUCCGAAAGCCCUUCGUGCCAGGGAGGGGGUGCCAAAGAGCUUUCCGGCCGGAAUAGCUUCGAGGUGCGUGACUUCUCGCUGGGGAUGAUGGUUUUCGACCCUGCAAACCCGGCACUUCGUGCGCAGCUGCUGGCGACGCUGGGAGCAUCGCCUCAGUCCACCUUCGAAGCCAUGCGCGGAUUUCAUGGAGGCAUGAACGAAGGCAUCUGGUUUGUGAAAGGAGGAGGCGAGACGUUGGUUUUGAAGCUGGUGAAGUUCGAUCGGUUUGCACCUCCUCAGCUGGUGGAGGAACGCAUGUUCACGAAGCUUUUCCAGGAGCUGCCAGGCAUCACAGAGGAUCCUAACGUGGCGUUUCCUUUCAAAGUGCUGCGGCUCCUGGGGCGGAACAAUGUUCGCAAGCAUGAUCUGAUUGUGAUGAAGAAGGCCCCAGGCAAGUCCUUGGACCAUGUCAUCUCAGAGAAGUGGAGGAGGGGGAAGAAGGCUGAACUCAACAAAAUCUUCGGAAAAGUCGGUGAGUGCAUGGCGAGCUUCCACAGGCGGUAUGGCGGCCGGCAACACAAUGAUGCUGGGACCCAAAACAUCUUAUGGGAUGAGGAGACGCAGCAUGUGACAUUUAUUGACCUUGGAUGCAUGGGCAACAAGUCCAACAAGACAGAUGUCCAGCGACUGAGUCAGGUGGUGAAGAAUCUUUCGCGUUGCGCUGCCUAUGGACCAGAUCUUGUGGCCGCAGUGUCCCAUUUUCAAGAAGGCUACAACCACGCGAUGCAAGCGAAACCAGCCAAAGAAUGA